CACAGAUAAAAAUACUCUUAACUAUAAAAAUACUCACAUAAGCUAACCCGCUUGUCCAUGCCCAUAAUGAUUUAUCAUACAGCGGCAAAAACAAUACCACUUUAGGAUUCUGAUCGGACGGCAAAGAAAUACGCAAAGAAAAAGCUCAUGCUCAUUAUAAUUGGACCGCCAAAGCAAGUCUCGCCUUAGGAUUUUGAUCCAACGGCGAAAGAAAAUCCACCAUAUGCGCUCGACAGUCCCGUAUACUCUGCCGGCGCACGAUAGCUCCUCCUCCUCCCAUAUAAUUGAUCGUCGUCCAUGCGCGCGCGUGACACGCGUGACUCAUGACCCCCGGGCCUUCUUCUGUUCAAUUCACCGGCUACGAAUUGACAUUUCAAUAGCAUUUCGAUCCAAUCAGAUGAAUAUGAGCUUGGCUGGAUCACUUUGGGAUCGAUUCCAGAUGAUCAUAUUGUUAUACAGAAUAUUUCCUCGGAUUCUUUUUCUGGAAAGGAGCUUUCCAGGUUCCAAACGAUCCGGAAUUUAGAGCUAUUUACGAGGAGUUUUAUCAGAAAGUCAUACAAUCGGAGCCUUUUUCAACUACUGGGGAACAAUGUCUGAAUUGAGGAGUUUAGUGAAAGAAACUUCUGAAAAUGGAAUGGGUUCAUCUCCAGAUGAUAUUGGUACGGUUGAGGAGGUGCUAGAGGAAACAAUAUUGUGCCGACAAACUUCUGUUAACCUUGUCCCAUUUGUUGGCCAAAGAUUUGUUUCUCAAGAUGCUGCAUAUGAAUUUUAUUGCAGCUUUGCAAAACAGUGUGGCUUUUCAAUUAGACGUCAUCGUACUCGAGGGAAAGAUGGUGUAGGUAGAGGAAUUACAAGGAGGGAUUUUACCUGCCACCGCGGUGGAUAUCCGCAACUUAAGCCAACUGACGAUGGGAAGCUACAAAGAAAUCGAAAAUCAUCUCGUUGUGGAUGUCAAGCAUAUAUGCGGAUUGUCAAAAGGGCAGAUUUUGAUGUUCCCGAAUGGCGUAUCACAGGCUUUAGCAACAUCCACAACCAUGAGCUUUUAAAAUCAAAUGAGGUGCAACUGCUUCCUGCAUUUUGUACCAUGACUGCAGAUGACAAGAGUCGGAUUUGCAUGUAUGCAAAAGCAGGGAUGUCAGUACGGCAAAUGUUAAGAUUAAUGGAGCUAGAGAAGGGUGUGAAACUAGGCUGUUUGCCUUUCACAGAGAUAGAUGUCAGAAACCUGUUACAGUCAUUUAGGAAUGUGGAUCGAGAUAAUGAUGCUAUUGACCUUCUUAAAAUGUGCAAGGACAAGAAGGAUAAAGAUCCAAACUUUAAAUACAACUUUCAGAUAGAUACAAAUAACAGAUUGGAGAGUAUUGCUUGGUCCUAUUCUUCGUCUAUUCGAUCAUAUGAGGCAUUUGGGGAUGCUAUAAUAUUUGAUACAACACACCGAUUGGAAGGCUAUGAUAUGGUAAUGGGAAUUUGGCUUGGAGUGGACAAUCAUGGAAUGAAUUGCUUCUUUGGUUGUGUACUUUUAAGGGAUGAAAAUAUGCAAUCUUUCUCUUGGGCAUUGAAGACAUUCUUGGAAUUCGUGAAUGGAAAGGCUCCGGAAACGAUAUUAACUGACCAGAACAUGUGGCUUAAAGAAGCAAUUGCUAUUGAAAUGCCAAGGACCAAACAUGCUUUUUGCAUUUGGCAUAUAAUUGCAAGGUUCUCCGAUUGGUUUUCUGUUGUGCUUGGGUCACAAUAUGAUACAUGGAAGGCUGAGUUCCAUCGGCUUUAUAAUUUAGACUCAGUUGAGGAUUUUGAAGUAGGCUGGAAGGAGAUGGUUGAUGCUUACAGGCUACAAGGAAACAAGCACAUUGUCAGCUUGUAUGCAUUGCGUAUGUAUUGGGCUCUACCAUACUUGAGAUGCUACUUUUUUGCUGGAAUGACCUGUACAUUUCAAUCAGACUCCAUAAAUGCGUAUAUCCAACGAGUUUUGGGUGCUCAAUCUCUUCUUCAUAACUUUGUAGAGCAGGUGGCUGCUAUUGUUGAUAUUAAAGAUGAAGGGGGAGCACAGCAAAAAAUGCAAAGAAAGGUCCAAAAAGUCUCCCUCAAGACAGGAUCUCCAAUUGAAUCGCAUGCUGUGGCUGUUCUUACACCAUAUGCCUUCUGCAAACUGCAAGAAGAGCUGGUGUUGGCGCCACAGUAUGCAUCGCUUAUGGUUGAUGAUACUUACUUUAUUGUGAGACACCAUACGGAGAUGGAUGGAGGGUGCAAAGUAUUAUGGAGCCCGCAUGAUGAGUUUAUUAGUUGUAGCUGCCAUCAGUUUGAGUUUUCAGGCAUAAUUUGUCGCCAUGUCCUUCGUGUACUAUCGACUAACAACUGUUUUCACAUUCCAGACCGAUAUCUGCCCAUCCGUUGGCGCAAUGUGCCAUUCACAAAACCCUUCCAGGGGGAACAGUCUGGAAAAGUUCAGUUAUUGCAAUCCAUGGUUUCAACUAUUAUUACGGAAUCAGUUGAAACAGAAGAGCGUCUUGAUGUUGCUUGUGAUCAAAUUGCCGUGAUUUUAUCUCGUAUUAAGGAGUUUCCUGGGCCUGAGGACUGUGCUAAUCAUAUAGGUUAUAAUAGGCAAUCUGACUCAUUGAUUCUUCCAGAAGUAGAAGAUUCUGAUGACAUUGUACAGGGCUAUGCUACUGGGAACUCCCACGAGUCUAUAACCUUGGGAAAGCUGAAAGAGAGAAGAUAUAGAGAUGGGAUAGACAUCUUCAGAAAGCGACGGCGCUGCUCUGUGCCUUGCUGUGGUCAGUUUGGACAUGAUGCAACUGAUUGUCCAAUGAUCGAAGAUGGUGGUUUAAAUGGAGAUGGGCUAGGAUUCUUAUAAAUACUAAAUUGCACUAGAGUUGGGGAUAGAUAGGUAUAUUAACGUUGGUAAUAUGAAUGCUUUCAUUCAUUUAUAAAUAUUAGAAAAUUUAAUUCCAGUUUCCCUUCCUGCCCUAAGGAAUCCUGUAGUAGUCCUUCCAUUUUUUGUCCUCAUUUCUGUUUUCGGUCUAGUUCUUGUACGUAUAACUUAGAAUAUUGCUAGGAAUACACUGUAAGAUUUGGAAACUAUUGAGCGACCUUUAGCUUCUUUUUGUUUAACAUAAUUCCACGAACCAGAAAGAAACCACACAAAAGGAGUAGCCAAAAUACCAAAUGAAAGUAGAUUGAUUUUUAUUUUAUUAUUA